AUGGAGUUACAAUUCGCGGCCUACCUCUGCGUUGCCGCUUUUUUGGGAGUCUCUGUCUCUCAGGAUACGACAGGAGAUGGCAUCGUGCAAGGUGUCCUGCGCAUAUACGGCAACGACUCCUACCCCGUCACCCUGCGUGGCCCUCUACCACUUGACGCCAAGCGAGCUCGCUAUCCGGGCUUUCAACAACAGAACCUGACACUGGAGGCCGGCAGUAUCCGUCGCGAGGGGGCAUCUGCUCUUCAGUGUGACAUUCUCUUCGAGCGCGACGUCCCUGUCACGCUCCGCGACGGUAUCACUAUUUUCACCGAUGUCUUCCGCCCUGCUACCAACGACUCUGUCCCCGCAUUGGUUGCAUGGAGUCCCUAUGGGAAGGAAAUCGGCGGACAAUGGCUCGACGACCUUCCUGGUCGUUCUCAAGUAAAGCUCUCCGCAUUGUCCGAACUUCAGAAAUUCGAAGGUCCCGAUCCCGGAUAUUGGGUUUGCCAAGGUUACGCUGUACUGAAUCCCGAUACUCGGGGCGCCUAUUCUUCUGACGGAAACAUCACCUACUGGGGCCGGCAACUGGGCGAAGACGGUUACGACUUCAUCGAGUGGGCCUCCUCACAGGCUUGGAGCUCUGGGAAGGUGGCCCUCUCUGGAAACUCUUGGUUGGCCGUUUCACAAUGGUUUAUCGCAGCUGAGAACCCGCCACACUUAGCCGCUAUCGCUCCUUGGGAGGGUCUGACAGAUCUGUAUCGCGAUGUUGCGGUCUCUGGAGGCAUACCGGCCCCCGGAUUUCAGGAGAGCAUUCUCACCACCUUCGCCGGCAAGAACUAUGCCGAGGACGUGUCUCGGAUGAUACUGUCGGAGCCGCUUCUCUCUCCCUACUGGCAAGACAAAAUUGCGACACUGGAAAAUAUUUCAGUGCCAGCGUACGUUGUUGCGAGCUAUACCAAUGCUCUACACACUAGUGGCUCGUUCGAAGGCUUUGGACGCAUCUCUUCACCGCACAAGUGGCUGAGGGUUCACAACACCUCGGAAUGGCCUGACUACUACGACAAGGAUAAUGUUUCCGAUCUGCACAAAUUCUUCGACUACUACCUCAAAGGCAUUGAUAACAACUGGACUUCGACGCCUCGUGUUCGCUACGCCGUCCUCGACCCAGGAGCUGAGGACAUCCUGAGCCUUGAGGCGCCUGAUUGGCCUGUACCUGGACUGCGUCCACUCAAACUUCGUCUGCAAGAAAACAAUAGCCUUGGAAACGACGGGUCGCCGGUUGCAGCCUACACCACUUACAACGGUACUGCGGCCGGAGGGGUCACCUUUACUUACCGAGUGGACCGUUCCUUCGAGUUAAUCGGUCAUGGCAAGCUUCGUCUCUGGGUUUCUUCUCCCGACGCUGAUGAUAUGGAUUUGACCAUCACCGUGCAGAAGUUGUCCAGGAACGGUACUUCGUUUCCCAACAAUGUUGGAGGCGAAAGCACCAGCACCAUCGGUCCCAUCGGCAAUCUUCGCGUUUCUCAUCGAGAGCUUGACCGGGUGAGGUCGACCGACUACCAGCCUGUCUUGUUACAUGAGAGCGAAUUGCUCCUUGCUCCGGAGGAGAUGGUGCAGGUUGACAUCCCCCUCACGCCUACUGCGCUGCGGUUUCAUGCUGGGGAGCUACUCAGCCUCACAGUUGCGCCUGUGGCCAUCGCACCAGCAGAGAGCGAUCUCGGCUUUGGCACAGCAAUUAUACCGAUCCCGCUUCAUGGAGGCACGUUUCAGCCUGGUCAAAAUGUUUCUAUGAUGCAGCUUGGCGGAGACAUCGAGUCAAACCCAUCAUUCGUCAAUACGCAACGGGUCAAGACGCCGCUGAGCCGUAACCGCGGCAUGCACCUGCUUCACUACGGUGGCGAGUUAGAUAGUCAUCUGUUGGUUCCCAUUCGAGACGCCAAAGACUAA